CUGAUGAUAUGUUAAACGAUAAUGAACUAGAGAAUGCUGAUUAUAUGUUAAAUGAUUGUGAAUUGGAAGAUACUGAUGAUAUGUUAAAUGAUUGUGAAUUGGAAGAUGCUGAGAUAUUUUAA